ACACUCCUCAUUAUAUCAAAUUAUACCAAUUUGAAGGACUCAGCAAACCUUUAGAGUGAAGCCCAAUAUUCUCUUCAUUAACAGAAAAGUGAAAAAUAAUUGAUAGCCCUUAUUCCUCAUUUGUUCACCUCUCAGUCUGUCCUUCAACAGCGAUUAUGAUUUGCCAGACAGGAGGAGGAGGAAGAGGAGGGGGAGGUGUUGGUCUUUUAACACAGCCUUCAUCCCGUUUUCUCCUCUCUUCACCUCCUCUCCUCGUGGCCGUCGUCUCUGAGGCUGCUGAAGGACUUCAGGUCGGGAAAACAGACACGAAGAUCGACCUGCACCUGUCCGGACGCCCCGGGGAGACACGAACAACUUCUGAAGGUCUAGACGGACAGCUGAGCCUGAUUAAAAUGAAACUGGAUGUGCUUCUACCUGCGCUGCUGUGUGCCAUCUGUCUCCUCGUCCUGCCGUCGUCCUCUACCCCCCACCACGAGUCAGAUGAUUCCAAGCUUCUCCAGGUGACCAUCCCCACCGGCCGGCCUGUGUUUGCUGUGCUGGGCGGCUCUCUGACAUUACCCUGCCUGGUGUCUCUGGCUCACCCACCGCCAUCCCCCUCCACCAAUGGCCGCCACGCCGUGCUAUCUCUCCCCCGGGUCAAAUGGACCGUUCUGACUCAAGGCCUAGAGAUGGAGAUCCUGGUGGCCCGAGGCGACAGGGUGAGAGUCAGCGAGGCCUACAAAGACCGAGCCACGCUGCUCAAUUACGCCUACUCCCCCGCCGACCUCACCCUGCGGUUGGAAAGCCUGAGGCACAGCGACACCGGCUUCUACCGCUGCGAGGUGCAGCAGGGUCUGGAGGAUGCUGACGAUGUCGUUCAGGUCAAGGUCAAAGGGGUGGUGUUCCAUUACCGUGAUGCAUCCAGUCGGUACGCCUUUACAUUUGAGCGGGCCAGAGAGGCCUGCAGCGAGAUCGGUGCUGAAAUUGCCACUCCAGAGCAGCUCCUGGCCGCCUACCACAGCGGAUACGAACAGUGUGAUGCGGGCUGGCUCUCAGACCACUCUGUGAGAUAUCCCAUUCAGAUGCCAAGAGAGGGCUGUUUUGGGGACAUGGAUGGGUUGCCAGGAGUGAGGAACUAUGGACUGUUAGAGCCUGAUGAGCUGUAUGACGUCUACUGCUACGUGGAGAAUAUUCAGGGUGAAGUGUUCCAUGGCUCCGCCCCCCAGCGUUUCACCUUCUCGGAGGCUAAGACCUACUGUCUGAGUCAUGGGGCCGAGCUGGCCAGCACAGCUCAGCUAUACGCGGCCUGGAAUGAUGGACUGAACCACUGCAGUCCGGGGUGGCUGGCAGAUGGGAGCGUGCGCUACCCCAUUGUUACCCCGAGAGAGCGCUGCGGAGGAGGUGAACCUGGGGUCAGAACUGUCUACCGCUACAGCAACCAGACGGGCUUCCCCGAGGUUCAUACUCGACACGAUGUCUACUGCUUUAGAAGCGAUAACGGCCCUUACACUGAGUCUCCUCAGGAUUUUCUUGCUACUGAACCAGAGGACAUUGGCCAGGACAUUGUGUUCUUAACUAAUCCCGCACAGGAGGAGUUCAGCCUGAGCGAGGUGACAGCAAAGGGGGGGGAAGAGGUCCAACGUGCCCAGACGGCCAAUCCUGUAAAGCAGGGUCCUGAGGAGGCUCAUCCCCCAAGAACGGGUUAUGACAAGGAACCAUUGCUGACGGUAGACCUUCAUCAGUCUGUCACUCCUCCAUCUGAGCAUCAAGCGCACUUGUUCACAGAGGAUACAUUGGAGCUCAUCGAGAAGGCCAGAUACCCAGACUCCUAUCAGCCAGCACCUGAAGAAAGCCCAGACACAGAUGAUGAAGAGUCUCACGUACUUCCAACAGCUUCUCUAAAGGCAAUUGGCGUAGUAACUGUCGGUGAAGAGUCUACUUUACCCACAACUGGUGCAACAACUUCAGAGAGUGUAGAGCCGUCAGAGCACCACAUUUCUGAGAAUGAAAGCCUGGAUGCACCAGCUGUUAAUGAAACAUCUGGAACUGAUGCAAAUGGGCUCUUUAACAGCUCUCUAGAGGUUCCUCAGGAGGGUGAUCUUCCUGUCGUACAAGAGGACCACACUCCAGACGUCCACUUGGAUCACUGCUCGGAAACUGAGCUCGUCUGCUUGAGCACCUCCGAUGAUGUUUCAGGACAGCCAGAAGAGGCCAGCGCUGGUACUUUUGAGGAGAUAUCAACGGUGAUUACUUCACCCCUCACUGAGGAAACAGAUGUUCACUCCACCACCUUGUUGCCAUCUUUUGAAAACACUUUGCCUGAGAACUAUCCAACAGAAGAGGGGUCUGGAGAGGAGAGUGCAAAUCCUCUUCUAGAUGAGGAAACACAAAACUCAGUGACUCAAAGUUUGGUUGGUAUGGACACCCCUUCCACCUCUGAACUCGUCCCUACGCCUGAUUCAGUUUCCCUUUUAUUGACAGGUUAUGAUCCUACUCAAGAGCCCCUAGGUGUAACUGUAGAGUCGUCCAUCCCAGUCCGUCAAGAGGAUGAGGAAUCCAAUAGCACUUCAGAGGAGGCAGCCCCAGAUGAUGUGUUCCACCAAAAUGGACUCGUUCAUCCUGCAGAAAUCCCAACAGCAGAGGUCAUCACGGCCACAGAUGACUCAGGCUCCAGUGUAGACACCCCUGGAAUGUACAGUGAUCCGGUCACUUUGUUGGCCUCCCCUGUAUCUGUAACCCUGUCUCCCCCUUCUGUGGAGGUUGAAGCUAGAUCCCCAGAGAUUAUAACCUUCAUACCUGAAAGCAAUGCUUCAUCUGGGGCCGAACCUUUAGAGGACAUCCAGAACAAACUUGAACAGGAAGGAUUAGGAGAAAGCCCCGUUGUGUUCCUCAGCACAUCCCACAAUAUCACAGACAGUGAUCCAGAAGGGAGGGAACAAGAUUCUAGAGAGGCAUCAGGUGAAUCGUCUGGAGAAAGCCCAAAGGGGAAAACAGGACUCCUGUUGACAAAUCCAACUCUCUCAACGGACCACACAUCUGAGGUAACUGAAAGUGAGGCUGACUCUGACACACCUCCUCCAUCAGAUAUAAAAAUCACACUGAUCCCUCAUCUGACCCUCACACCGGGCUGGGAACCAGAGCCUUCUCUCCCCACACCGCCGGAGUCUCACUCUGACCGGGAAUACAGCGCGGAGCCUCCAGUCGCUGAGGAAUCUGAUGAUGUCUCGAAGGAGCAAGAGGUCAUGACUGAGAUCACCACCAGCAGCAACAAUGAACAUGCAUCACACGGAGGUGAGGUGGAGACCAGCACAGAUGAGCCUUCGAUUAAAAUAUGCACAUGGCGUCCGGAUGAGGAGGAAACCGUAAGUCCAACUCACACCACCGACAGCAGUGACGUGACAGUCACCGCUCCACCGAUGUACCCAAAGCAUUUUCAACAAGAAGGCGAGGAGUUGACUGCCAUGGCGGCCUCCCUGCCUGCUGCCCAAGUUUCUGCCGCAGGACAAGAAGGCAUUUCAGACUCCUGCCUGGAGAACCCUUGUUUGAAUGGGGGCACUUGUGUCGACGGUGAAUCAACAAGCUGCAUUUGCUUGGCCGGUUAUGGAGGAGACUUGUGCCAGACAGACCUGAAGGCGUGUGAGCCUGGCUGGGAGAAGUUUCAGGGCUUUUGUUAUCAUCACUUUACCAAGAGGCAGAGCUGGGAGGCGGCAGAGCAGCACUGUCGCAUGUGUGGUGGACAUCUCAUUUCAGUCAUGACCCCUGAGGAGCAGGACUACAUUAAUGAAAAAUACAGAGAAUAUCAGUGGAUUGGACUAAAUGACAGAACUAUUGAGGGAGACUUCCGCUGGUCGGACGGGAACCCUCUGCUCUAUGAGAACUGGUACAGAGGCCAGCCUGACAGCUACUUCCUGUCCGGUGAGGACUGUGCAGUGAUGGUGUGGCACGACGGCGGCCAAUGGAGCGAUGUGCCCUGCAACUACCACCUGUCCUACACCUGCAAGAAGGGCGUCUCAUCCUGUGGCGAGCCCCCCAAGGUUCCCAAUGCCAAGGUGUUUGGGAAGAAGCGGUUGCGUCACGAGACCAACACCAAGCUGCGGUACUACUGCGAGAACGGUUUUGUGCAGAAACUGAAUCCUGUAAUAAAGUGCCUGCCCGGCGGCCAAUGGGAGGAGCCUCUGAUUACUUGCUUGCCAACCCAUUCGAUGGAAGAAGACUCGAUUACCUCACUUCCUUACCAGCAUGAGGCGGCCGUGGAGGUCAUGGAGGUCACGGAGGUCAUGGAGGUCACGGAGGUCAUGGAGGUCACGGAGGUCAUGGAGGUCACGGGCACAGCCACAGAGACAGCAGCUCCACUGUUCUGGGACAUUAAGUGGAAUGUUUAAAGCCAUCCUGCAUCCAGCUUUUUUAAAAAACAAUAUUCCACCUCCUCUUUCCCUCUUUUCAAGUAUCUCAAAAGACUUUCCAGUCUAGUUUCUGCAUUAAGUUAAACUUUGUAAAUCUAGUCUUUAUAUUAAAGUUGUCUCAAGGCCACAGCUCUUAGUCAUGUAAUCCAAAUACUUGUUUUUCAGUACAAGAGGACAAAUGUUAUGAAAGUUUGAGGUGAAUUUGUGCCAGCUGAAAUGCUUCUUCAUCUAGAUAUCUUUGGUAAAGAUAACUUUCUUAUGAAACAGUCAUAUCAAGAGAUUUCCCACACUGUUCAAAACACUAAACAGAUUUUUAUCAGCACAUCCAUCUUCCUCUUUGGAUUGAAAGGUUUGUUCAUACAAUGUUCGUGUUUUUAGCUCCGGAUAGUUUGCAAGAUCCUCUCUUAUCAUUUGACUGUGUUAUACAGGACGACAUUCUUGUAAUGGAAAGUCAUCACACAUCUAACUAACAAAAUGUAUAUGAACCCUUAUUUCUUCACAGACUCAUUUAUCAACAUAAAAGCUACAACUGACACAAAUCUGAUCCAGUUUAAAAUACGAGUUAAUCACAUAAAUGUAUGUUUUAUCAGCCUGUAUUACACUAAAUAAACCAAAUUAAAAAUAGGCUAUUAUAUAAACCAAGUAUCAAGUAGGGGAUAGGAAGUCCCAAAUAGCAUAUGGGCGAGUGGGGGGUUAAGGGAUUCUGUCCUUUACAGCAAACUUACUUUACUUACUCACAGAAGUAACAGUAACCUGUAGUGUGCUUUACUAUCAUAAUCAACAGCCAUUUUGUAACUAAUCAUAACUGUUUUUAAGUGAUGAUUGUGGAAAUGAAAAUCAUUGACAACGUUGAAUUCUUUAAUUUGACUGCUGGAGCCACACAUGUUGUAUUUUAACACAUUCGGAACAGACUGCAGUUCAUGAUAGUUUGCAGUUUAGCAAAGUGUGAUUUAAUCCUCAGCAUCAGCUGGUCUGACAUUGACUAAAGCCUGUUCUACUUAAAA